AUGUUGAAAGAAACGACAGCUUUACUUUUCCUGCUGCUAGCGGCUUCAACGGAGUCAGCAAGAAUCCUCGCAUUCUUCCCGAUUUCAGCCAAGUCUCAUCAGUUUCUUUUUAGGCCCAUUAUUGAAGAACUGGCGAACAGAGGUCACGAGGUCGUCUAUUACACCGGGCUCGGAUAUGAUAAAGUACCUCAGGGCAUUAAAGAAAUCAUACUCGAACAACAGACUAAAUCCAUUUCCAAGAAGCACUUCACGUUCGUGGAGUUCGGUGAGUUCAGCAUACCCAAAGUGACCAGCAUAAUGUACGAUAUGUUUCUUCUGUCUGCUCCCGCUUUCCUCAGCAGCCCAAAGAUGCAAGAGCUGAUACAUUCCAACGAGAAAUUCGACGCUAUCAUAAUGGAAUCUUAUUUAACCCACCAGUUCGUUUCUCCAUUAAUACAUAAAUUUGGAGCUGUUGGAAUAGAAGUCAGGCCUUUAGGGGACAGCGCUUGGGUGCACGAACUCUCGGGACUACCAGAUAAUCCGUCUUACCAGUUAGACUACCAGUAUGAACACACCAACGACCUUAACUUCUUCGAAAAGCUCUACAACGUCUACGUGACCUCUAUCAUGACAGUCCUUGGUUACUAUUACCUCUACAAGCACCAGGCAGUGGCCGACACCUACAUGAACUACACCGGCUGGGAGACCAGGCCUUCACUUUAUCAGAUGGUAUCCAACAGGAGUAUCAUCCUCACCAACUCCCACUUCGCGGUAGGUUAUCCUAUUCCAUCGGCACCUCACAGGAAGGAGAUCGGAGGGAUCAACAUCAGACCGACGAAACCAUUGCCGGAGGACUUACAAACGUACAUGGAUCAAAGCAAGCAGGGUGUCAUUUACAUGUCUCUUGGAUCCAACAUAAGAGUUUCGGACGUUGCCAGCGGUGAUAUCCGGGAAGACUUCAUGAGCGUCUUCAAGGAGCUUCCCUACAACGUACUCAUGAAGUGGGAGACGGACUAUCCUGGGAAAUUACCACCGAAUGUCAAGCUCUCCUCUUGGUUUCCCCAGCAGGACGUCUUGGCGCACAAGAAUUGCGUGCUCUUUAUUACUCAUGGAGGAUACUUGAGUAUCACAGAGGCCGUUCAUUUCGGAGUACCUCUUGUUGGGAUUCCAUUCUUCGGAGAUCAAGGAAAGAACCUGAUCUUGGUGGAAGAGGCUGGCUAUGGAAGAAUGCUCAGAUAUAGAAAUAUUUCAAGGGAUAAUAUCGCUUGGACCGUCAAAGAAGUGCUUUCAAACAAAAGGUACAAGGAGGAAGCCAUGAGAAGGUCCAAGCUGUUCCGGGACAGAAGGCACAGCCCCGCAGAGGAGGCAGCGUACUGGGUCGAGCACGCCAUCAAGUACCCCAACGCACUUGUGCCUAAAGCGGUUUGGCUUUCCUUCGUACAGCUCCAUCUUAUUGAUGUUCAGCUGUUUAUAUUAGCAACAGCAAUAUGCCUAAUAUGGGUGACUUCCAAACUCAUUUGUGUCGUUAGGAAACUCUGCAAAUCGAAACCCAAAGAAAAAUCAGUAUCGAAGAAGAAACUGAGAAAAACUGACUAA